GGCAUCGUGUGUGUGUGGUGCAAAUUAGAGGGAUAUAACAUUUUUCUUUUUAUUUUUUAUUAAUACUGCAUAGAGAACUUUUUACACAAAUAAAUAAGAUGCCCUGUGUGUGCUCUAGCCCUCGUUCUAACACCCACACACGCGGGUCACGCACGUAAAUAGAAAAGUGCGAAAUACACAAACGAUCCAAUAGUGUCCCGGGCUGAGCCCUUACACACUUGUGGAAGUUCGGCUGGUGAGAAGCUUCGCAUCCAGAAGGGAAUGUACAUAAAAAAGUAAAAUGCCCAGCUAAGGAGAAUAACAAAGAAUGAAAAUCCCCCAACCCCACGGAUAUUAAUAGAUUUCGUGUCUGUGUAUGUGUGUGAUUUUUUCCGUGGAAUUUGGAGUUUUUGGGGGUGGUUUUAAAAGCGACGCAAUGAGCGUGUAAAGUGCUGGGGAAACCUUGGCGAAAGCUUAAAAAGAAAAGUUUCGUUGCAAAGCUCCUUUUUUUUGCAACAAAGAUGAUCAACCCCAUUUCAAUGCAAUCAUUUUUAUCGUAGCGUCUCUAUAUUGAUAAGGGAGUUUUUUGUCUGAGAUUUUUUUCUAAACCUGACACAAGUAGCUAGAACGUCAGGCGGAAAAUCCAGACGUACGGAGAAAAUUUUAUCAAUGUUCAAGAAAGUUUAAAGAAAAAUCGAAUCAACAAAAAGUCUAACUCACAAUCAUCUACAAAUAUUGGUAGGAAAAAAAUAAAGUUGUAUAGAGGACGUCUAGUUGAUAAUGUAUAGUGGAUGUUUUUAGUGUUUUAAGUGUAAAAAAAAAGAGUGAAAUUAUUGAGGGAGAAGAGGAAAAAAAAAGUGGUGCUCACUUUAUUACUUUUUAUCAAAACAUUUAUCGGGUGAUUUGGAGUGGAAGGUGGAAGCUCAAAAAGAGACACCCAGAGGUGAAAAGCAAGUUCAAACAUAUUGAAGGGUGGAAGAAAAAUUACUGGUCGGGCGGGGGAGGUGGACUAUCAACCUCAUCGAUGGUAUAUCAAGUAAAAAAAAAGGUCUCUCGCUCUCUUGUCUAGGAUCUGACUAUACUUGCGAGUGGAUAUAGGUUUGUGUGGUGCGCAACCAGUGUGUUACAAUCAUUUCUUCUUUUUCCACCCAACCACCCAUCGCGCCAUACCUCCCCUUUUUGGGAAUCCACAUAGCGCGACUGUGGCGGAGAAAUUAGGAGGGAGGGGAGGUGGUUGACAAAAGAGAGAACAUAAAGAGCGCAUAUCCUUGGGAUCCUUCAUGUUGGCAGCAUUCAAUGCAUCCUGAGAGCCCGAGAGAGUGGUCGCGAGGGUGAGAGUUUAGUGAGUGGAAGGACACAGCCGUGUCAGGACAUAUGCCAAAUUGUUGGCUAACACCCGUCAUCAAGUGAAUAAUCAUCCCUGGCCGUGGGGUUUGGCCCACCUGGCCACCCACAGCCCGGACACUUUUCUAACACAUCCCCAUAAGCCCCAUACCCACCGCGGGAGGUAUAGCGGGCAACACAUCAAAUGGUCGAUAAAUAUAUAUUCCAAAGCACUCGGUGUAUGGAAAGUUUGUGCUCCUGGAUGUGCGACAGAGACAAUUAAUCAAAUGAUGUGCUUUUAACGUGAGCUUUUUCCCGCACACCCAAUCGCAACACCAACCAGAAGAGCCCACCGAGGAGACACCCGAGAAUUCCCAGGAUAAAUUUCUCAUAGAGCCACCAGCUUAAAAACCACCCCCAAAAAAGAUGCUGCCGACGAAUGUGAUGUCCUUCAUGAAGAAGAUGGUGGCUGCAGACGAGGCACAGACGCAGUCAGCACAGGAGUCAACAGGGACGUUUGGUAAGUUCAAGCAAACCCUUUCGACGUCGCUGCUGACGGCGCAGGAUAAGGUGCAUAAAAUGUCACCGAGACCAUCGCUCGUACCCGAACCCGAUCCCCAACCUGCUCCUGCGCCUGCUGAGCCCCAACAUGCGCAGGGUGCGGAAAAGGGUGACCCGUCGAAACCACCCCAGCGGUCGGGCGCCUGUAGAGUGUGCCUAAAGUCCUUCAAACCAGACGAAUUCAGUAAGACGUGCUGUGAGUGCCAGCAGCGUGUCUGCGAAGAUUGUGCCAGCUACAGUAAGACGGAGGAGGACAAGGACGUGCGCACAUGGAGAUGCAGUGUCUGUCGCCGAAAGAUGUCCUCGAGGGUUUGCAUCCCGCAGGAUUCGACGGAUUCAAUGCUGGAAGUGCCAAUAUUGGAAGUGCUUGUGCGUCGGCAUAGUGAUGCAAAAUUGGGCUCAACGACAACCCUGGGACCUGAAAAUGGGUUGGGUUUGGCGCCACCACGUAGUCCGGAACUCAGGAGGCACUCAGACGUGUCACCGGCCUCACUCAAAGAGCUCGAAAAGCUGAAGGGUUCAAAGACACCAAACAGGGACAACGAGUGGAGACGUGGACGGAGUGUUGCACCAAGUCGCUCAUCGAGUCCUCCCAGAAGGGAUUCCCAGUUCGACAUUCCUCCUUCGAAGCUCAACUCUCGACGUGCUUCCCGUGUUCCCGUGCGUCAGCACAGCUACGAUGAUGACGUUAAGAAUUCUUCAAUGGGAAAUGUUAGCACUAUCGAUCCUGGCCUCGGGAUACCAUCUCCAAUGCCCAGAAGGGCUUCAGCCUAUGAUGUCUUUGCUCCGGGAAUUUUAGCACAGGCAGCUCAAGUUGCUACGAAAAAUGUCCCUCCUGAUAGAAUUUCAUCGCGUAGAUCGUCAUUCCGGGUACCACCACCCGAUGAACUAACACAGAGUGAUUCGAUUCAGAGUCCGGACAAGGGAGGUGCAACCCUCGGGAUUGAUGAUUCAGAAAGAAGGACACGUCGUCGAGGAUCCCAAUUGCCUGAUAUCUCGGCUCUACAGAAUAGAAGUGCAAACCCCAUGGUGAUCCCACCACCUUCGUACCAAACCCCAACACUGGAAGACCUAGAGGCGCCCAGGCGGCAGACAUCGCUCGAUGGAGAGGCCAUAAAAAUCGUUAUUCAUGAUGUGGAUUCGGGGCAAGGUUGUGCCUCCAAGAGGAGAGUUGUCUUGCGCAGGGAUCCUUCUGAUAAGGCGCAUCGAACUCGUGGUUUUGGCAUGAGAGUAGUGGGUGGUAAGACAGGAGCUGAUGGUCGUCUCUUUGCCUACAUUGUAUGGACAGUUCCUGGGGGUCCAGCUGAGAAAGCAGGCUUACUACAAGGCGAUAAGAUUCUUGAAUGGAAUGGAUAUUCCCUGAUUGAUAGAAGCUUCGAGGAGGUUUGUGCCGUGAUGGAUCGCACGGAGGACGUUGUGGAUCUCUUGGUGGAGCACGCCACCGACUAUCGAAUAUGUGAUUUACUGGAGGAUGGUGCAAGGGAUGUUGGUGUAAGUCAGACGGCAACUUCCAAGGCGUCGACUGAGGUGUCUCUGGGCUUGAUACCAGAUAAUGAGUCGACGGACAAAUCACCGUCAUCCCCGACAAGACGAAAACUUCCAAAAACACCGGAGCAAAUAAUGCGAGAGAGUCAGGUGUCAGGGCGUGUUCAAUUGCAAGUGUGGUACCAUGGAGAGAGGAAGGAGUUGGUUGUCUCCCUGAUGGCGGCUGACGAUCUAGCGCCGCGGGAUGAAUUCAGUGGCUUUGGUUGUCUUCCUGAGGCCUACGCCAAAGUUCGAAUCCUUCCCAGAACGAGCGAUGGUUACAUAGCUCAAACAGAGGUUUCAGCACCAACACACAAUCCAAUAUGGAAUGCAACCCUCACAUUUUCCUCAAUAACUGAAAAGGAGCUCACGGGCCGUGUCCUGGAGAUUGCUCUGUGGGACUUUAUUCCCUACAGCGAAAGCGUCUUUCUGGGUGAAUGCAGUGUGGACAUUGAGAAGGCUUUCCUCGAGGAUCGAGCAAUUUGGUAUAGGUUGCAAGAUCCAAAGCAGAUUCGAGCCUCCAUGUAUGGUAGUACUACGAGCAUCAAUAGGAGCGCCUUUGCAAGUCCACGUGGCUCAAUAUGCGGUGAUCUGCAGCGUUUACACCAUCGUAGUGUGCACAGUAGUCGGGAUAGCAUCAAAAGAUCCGUUUCUGAGGACGUGGACUACAUGGGUGGGUCAUUCCUGCACCCCAAUCAUGCAUGGAUGCCUGGCUCGAGGCGUGGUUCAUCGCAAUCUGAAACAUUGGAGGUGGAGGUGUACCAGCUGGUGAAGGAUUUCUCAAAGAGUCUUCCUGGUUCGCGGAGAUCAUCAUUUCAGGAUCGCGAUGGGAAUCCGCUGCCUGACUCGGAGCAUCACGCCUCACAUGGGCACCUUAGGAGCAGCCGACGCUCCUCAUCGGUGCACCACUACGACCCAGAUGAACUCUUUGCCGAUGGUCGCAGUGUGAGGUACACGGUGGACAAGUACGGUGCGUCGAAGAACAUUAAACAGAGUCGGAUGUACUUCGACAGAUCGAAAUAGUUUGGAACAAAUAACAGCGAAACUCAAUCAAUUUAUCGACUCCAAAACGACUCUUAUAAGAAUGGAAACCCCAUAAAAGUAGAUGUAUGAGAAGUCACCUAUAUAGACCUCUAUACAUACCACAUUAGUUUGUUAGGUAACAUUACUCAAUAAACACCAUAAUAGGGAUAAUAAUUCAAUGUGACUCACUUUAAAACUUGAUGGAAAAGCGACAAUCUAACGUAGCAUGAUUCCUAAACUUUAAGGACUUACACGCAUUAUAAAUCCAUUUUGACACUCAUUCCCAUAUUUACGUAUUUGCCUCCUUUUUAUCGCCUCAAUGUCCUUUUUAGUUAAAAGAAGAAAAAAAAAACAUAGUAGAAACUUUCUUUUUCUGUGCUCAUUUUACGGAAAAGGGAGGCUCAUGAGGCGUUAUUUUGGUAAAUUCAAAUUAGAAUGAUGAUGGAUAAAAAAACUUACGAAUUUUCGAUAGACUCUUGGACAUAUCAAGCUAUAAUAGGAGGCAUUUGUGAGUGCUUUUGUGCUGAUUAGAAAAUUAAAAUAUUCAAAUUUUAUGCUAAAAAGGCAUAAUAAGGGAUGAACCAAAGGAAAAUAAAAACUUAAAAUAAUUGCAAAUUUAAACUUAAGCAUCUCAAAUUUUCAUAUAAUAACUGAACCAUCCCUUAUUCGACGUAAAUCUGAAUACAUAAAUAUUCUUUAGAGUUCUAAACUCAACAUAAUUUUCUCAACAUGUCCUAUUAGCCAGCUAAAUCCCCCUUGGUUAGCAAAGACAUAAACCGCAGAAAUAUUUACACCGUGUCCCACAUAAAGUGUCGCAAAAGCAUGAAUAUCAGAACAAGAGAAAGAUUUUUUUUUAUAAUUCGUUUUUAUUCUAAAAUUUGAAGAAAAAAAAUGCUAAGAUGCUAAAAUCAUCGAAUUUGCAGUAAAAUAUAAAACUUUGGGCCUUAUUCAGCAACCAAGAAACCCUUGAAAUUCGCUUGAAAUCUUGAAAUUUCAGUACAAAAUUCCAAGAUUUCAAGGGUUUCUUGGUCGCUGAAUCAGGCCCUUUAUAAACUUUAAUCAUUUUAAAUGGUAUCUGUCUCUAAUGAAAUAAAAAAAAGAAACUCUAAAUUAUUAUUUUAAAAUAUAAUUUUAUUUAAAAGACGAUGCUCAAUAGCAAAACCACUCACAAAUGCCUCUCUUGACGUAUAAAACAAAUUUAAAAGAAAUGAAUGACUAAUCAUCCCCUGUUAAACCCACCCACAUGUGCUUCUUAUCACAAAUACAAUGUACAACAAGAGAAAAUCUUUAUCAAUUUUCACACUCUAAGCAACGGAAAGUUAAGUCAAUGUGCAAAUAACAAAAAAAUUGAAGAGAAAAGACGAAAUAUUUCCAAAUAAAUAAAUGUGAUUAUAAAGGACGUUAUCACUUUCAAAAUAAAAAUGUAUAGAAAUGAGAAUGAUAUCAAAGGGAAAGGAAUUGAAUUUGCAUUUGGGAAGACUUUUUCGUACCUACAUAUAAUUUUCAUCACACUACAGGAACAAUAAAAUAUAUUCACUAACGUGCUAAAAGGCGAUUUCACGCAAUUUUACCAGAAUAAAAUAAAUGAAAAGUACUAUAUAUAAAUAUAAAGAAAAUACAAAUAAAAAAAACAUAAUGAAAAAGCAAAAUUCCAUAUUUAAAGCAACGAGAUUAGAUUUUGUUGGGUGUGAAGAAAAAGGGCUCAUGGGACAUGCAAAGGAAUUUUUGUGCGCUUUGAUGAGGAAUUUUCAUCACAUUGUGGGUAUAUGAAAAAAAAAGUUAAUCAGGUAAAGAGCUGGAAAAAUCAGUGUUUUUUUGCGGGGAAUAAAUUAAAUGAAAAUAGUCAGGAGCACGAAAUAUUUCCGCAUGUUGAAAUGUUGGAGAAUUUAUUUUUUGUUCAAAUUGUCAGGAGAGAUAUUCCAGCGGUGGGAAUUAAAUAAUAAUAUGUUGAAAAAAAAUGAAAAUUAGGAAAUUUAAAAACAAAUCACAAAACUAUCGCCUAUUGACUGUUCUACCACUUUGUACUAUACCUACAAAGACAAAAUUAAAGAAGAAAAAUCAAGAACUUCGCAAGAGAAGCUAAUUUUUGGUGAACACAGUUGUUGUUUGUGUCGCUCUAGAAUCUAUGAGAAUUUAUAUAGAGAAAUUAAUCUACCCUAGAGCUCUGAUCUUAGAUAAAUGCUCUAAGUAAUCUCUAAUAUUAAGAUUAAACUUUCAGCAAUUUUUCCAAGUUGUUCGAGAAAAUGAAUUAAAAUUUCUUUUUAAAUAUUCAUUUCUAACAUUAAAAUAAAUAAAAUUCUUUUUUUUUACUAAUUUAAUAAUUUUCUAAACUAAACAUUACUUGAAAUCCUUAAAAUAAAGUUAACAAUGAGGUGCUAUUUCUCAUAAAAAACUUAUAUUUUAUAAUUAUUAAACCUUUCAAUAGUUUAUUGUGAAAGUUUUUAAUUUUAAAUCAAUUUCAAAGAAUAAAAACUUAAUGCGAGAGGAUUUUUGAGAGUUUGAGGUUUCCAUUUGUAACUAAUCUUGUAACCUCUAAAACAAAGCCUCAAUCUAAUGGAUUUUCAACAUAUAUCACAAAUCCAAAAAAUAACAAACAACGGCACUAACUUGAAUAAAAAAUCACUACAAUCAUCUUGUCUAGAUAUUUACUAAUAUAUAAGAAUUUCUAUAUAAGUAUAGAUAUUUAAAAAGUAAACUGUAGUUUUAGUUGGUUUUACUUAAGGCAAGGAAAGAUAUAAACAAGGAUAUAAACGGUAAUUAAUGCAAAAUGUUGGUGGAAAACAUGUAGUGUAAAUAAGAUUUUAAAGGACUUUUUUUUAUCUUAUUUUCUGCUUAAGAAAUCUUCAGCCUCGACUUGAAAUUUAACCGAAAGACUUUUAAGGAAAAAAUUAAUUUUUCUUGUUUUUUUAUGUUUAUUUCUUUUCAGAAAAGAUUUCAUAUCUGUAGUCUCUAAUAAAACUUAAAGAGAAGUCCCAAAUUUCUCGUAGAAAUUGGUAAAAAUCUUUUACUUUUAAAGGGAUACUAGAGCCAUGAACACCUAUUAGCCAUUAUAAGGUAACAUUUCUGACUUUGAAUACGAGUUUUUUUUUUUCAAUCAAAUGUAGAUUUUCUAAGCUUCAUUGUUUUAAACAAUAAUAAUUUGAAAUCAUAGACUUUUUCUCGAACAACUUGCCUACAAAAAUCACCUUAAAAAUAAAUUUCUUUAAACUAGGAAAUAGCUCCAGCAAGAAAACAGCUAAUAUGUAGCUUACCAAAACCCUAAUCAGAAUUACAUGUGAAACUUGAGCCAUGAGAUGGUAUAUCAAGUGGCAUAAAAGUUAUGUUUGUAGUAGAUAAAAAUAAAACAGUCUGAAAAAGUAUAAUAAAACCAAAAUACAUCUCCGCAAGUUUAAUUUGCAAAUUCUUCUCUGAAUUAAAAGAAAAAGAAUUACAAAAUAAAAGAAAAUACAAAGAAGUUUCCUGCUGCUUGUCAAUUUCUAGAAACACAAACAAAAAUUGUGCCAAUACAUUUAUAUAGAAUUUAAGUGGAAAAACUAAUAAUAUAGAGAACAUAAGAAAUAUUUUUGUUAGGCUGUAUCUAAAGAAAAAAAAAAAGAAUUGCUGUGUAUAAGAGAAGAAAGAAAACUAUAUCGUGUUGAAUAGAGAGAGAUAAAAGAUAUUUAUUGCAGAAAGAGGGUAUUUUUGAACAUGCAGAAACACUUAAAAAAUUUCAAACUCCAGCAUUGGUUUUGCAUAAAGAAUGUUGCUGCCUUGCGCGGAGGGCUUUAUAGGAGAUUUGUUCGGAGGAAAUGUUUGGAUGCAAUUUUUUUGGGUGAAUUUAUUUUAUUGAUGAAGAAAAAAGAGAAUGAAAAAGUGUUUAAUAAACAUUACAAUUUGAGAUCAA